CAGACGCCACAUUAGCGACAGAGAAGAGAAGAGCCGGAUCCGAACCCUCCACCUGCUGCCUCCACCUGCUGCGCCGACCUGAGGACCAGGCCCCGUUCCCACAUUCAACCUUGCCUUCGUUGCCGUCGGUUCCUCUGAGGGACCUGCAGCCGUUUCAGCCCAGGAGCUCUCUGGAAACGUUGCCAUCAUGUCUGCGGCCAUGGAAACCACCGGCUUCGUCAUGGCCAUCAUCAGCUGGCUGGUCACAGGAACGGCGCUGGCGAACGACCACUGGAAGAUCUCCACGGUGUCGGGAAACGUCAUCACCUCCCAAAGAAUAACGGAGAACCUGUGGCACAGCUGCGCCGAGAACAGCGCCAGCAUGGUCCAGUGCCGAGACUUCGAAUCGCUGCUGGACCUUCCCUCUCACAUCGCAGGCUGCCGCGCGCUGAUGAUCAUCUCGCUGCUGCUCGGCUUCGCCUCCAUCAUCGUGUCUCUGCUGGGGCUGAAGUGCAUCACCGUGGGCUCGGCCAGCGACCAGUCCAAGGCCAAGAUGGCGCUGGGAGGAGGCAUAGUUAGCAUCCUGGCUGGGCUCUGCUGCCUGGUGGCCUGCUCCUGGUACGCCUACAGAGUGGUGCAGGACUUCUACAGCCCACAGUACCUGGGAAUGAAGUUCGAGCUGGGCGCCGGCCUCUACCUGGGCUGGGCCGCGGCCACGCUGGCCAUUCUGGGAGGAGGGUUCCUGUGCUCCGCCGUGUCCAGAACCAAGUCCAACGCCAGUGCAGCCGCUUACUAUGGAAAAGCUCCACAGAAGAUCUACACGGCCAAGACCGAAACUGAAACCGCCAAGUCCUUCGUCUGAGCACGCGUUUGGGACAUUUACAGGAACUGUUAAACCCUUAGAGUGAAGUUUGUGUGGGACCAGCGUCUCAAGCCUUUGUUCUUUUUAUGUAGUUUUUGUUGUUUUUUAGGUGAAAUUCUGAAAUAAAAUCUAAAUCUUGGGACCAGACAUUUGCUGAUUGUGUUUCUGAAUAAAGUUUGUAUUACUUAACAAGCUGUGCUG